AUGGUUUUUAAGCAAGAGUAUUUGCACCUUAACAAUGGGAACAAAAUUCCAGCUGUCGCUGUCGUUGGUACGGGAACAAGGUGGUAUAAAAGCGAAGAAACAAGCGCUACAUUCUCUAAACCCCUUGUCGAACAAAUCAAGUAUGCUUUGACAUUACCUGGAAUAAUUCACAUAGAUGCAGCGGAAAUUUACCGUACUUAUUCGGAGGUCGGAGAAGCUCUCAAAGAAGCCGGAAGGGCCAGGGAGGAAAUUUUCAUUACCGACAAGUAUUCAACGUUUUACUUUAAACUCACGGACAGUCCUCGCCAAUGCCUCGACAUUAGCUGCCAAAAAAUGGGGGUUGACUACGUCGAUUUGUUCCUCCUCCACAGUCCAUUCAUUGACGAAAAGAAAUACGGGUUUACGCUAGAAGAGGCAUGGACCCAGAUGGAAGAGCUUUACAAGGCCGGCAAAGCCAAAAACAUCGGAGUUUCGAAUUUUUCCAAAGAGGACCUUUCUCGAAUUCUCAAGAGUGGGACCAUCAAGCCUCAGGUAAACCAGAUCGAAUUUUCUCCUUUUUUGCAGAAUCAGACGCCUGGAAUCUACGAUUUUUGUCAGAAACAUGAUAUCCUGCUCGAGGCGUAUUCGCCGCUCGGCCCAUUGCAAAGAGAACCCGAAAACUCGAGUUCGGAUCCAUUCUACCAGUAUGUGAAAAAGUUGGCAGACAAGUACCAAAAAUCUGAAGCUAGUAUCAUUCUGCGUUGGGUUUCCAAGAGAGGCGUGUUGCCCGUCACUACUUCUUCAAAGCCCCAGCGUGUGCGAGACGCGCAGCUUUUGUACGAUUUUGACCUCCAAAACUCGGAAGUCGAAGAAAUUACAAAACGGGGUCUCGCACACGCUCCAUUGAGGCUUUAUUGGGCUGAACAAAUGGGCAAGUUCGAUGCCGAAGCUCAGAAAUUAUGA